AUGCAGACAAAGAGCCCGUUGAGGGUGAGUGUGUUUGUGUACCCUCUCGGCGAAACGGAGGUUGUGGUUGGCUUUGAGGCGGCCAUUGCGGGGCGUCUGAUGGGAGUCCAGAUCCAGAAUCGAGGCAAGCUGAAGGACUGCUGCCUGGACUGCUGCCCAGGUACUGCUGAAGGCCGGGAAUGGAACUGCUGCGGGAGCUCCAGCUUGGACAUGCAAUGCACCAACGCCGGCUCUGCCAAUUGGAUCUCAAAUCGUGCAAUCUCCCUCUGCAGAGCAACCAGCUGCUUUAGUGCCACCUCAGGAAAACAGGAGCGCGUUCUUGACUCGGAGCAGCAGUACUGUGCACAUGCCUUCUUCAACAGUCCAGCUGCCAGUUUGGCUCCUUAUGAACUCAACUUCCAACUGCUUGUUCGAGGGGCUUGUCUGCUGGCCGGACUGGAGAGCCCCACCCAUGCCCUGAGAGCGGAUGCCGACCCCAGCGCCCAAAGUGCCUCCGCCACCUACAUCACCUUAGCCCAGGAACAUCCUUAUGACAGACACAUAGAAAUCAUCCUGCACCUCAGCGAACCGCACAGCCCACUGGUCAUAAUAGAGAACGGAAGGCUCUCCUUCAGCCAGUAUGAACAGCACAUCCUUUCUCGACGUGACUUCAUUCGCUGCACCCGCAAAGAUCCUGAACCUGAGAGGAAGGUGGAGUUUAUGCGGAAGCGCUACCACAAGGACAUCCUGAACAACCCGGUGUUGAUGCUCAAUUUUUGUCCUGAUUUCUUGGCUGAACCUCUGGAGCUGAACAAAGCCACCAGAGAAAUAUUGUUCCUUGUUGACUGGAAUGGCGGCAUAAGUGGCACCAACAUCCGUCGUGUCAAAGAAGCCCUGGUGGUCGCAUUGAAGAGUCUCCCUUCGGGCACCCUGCUCAACAUUGUUGGCUUCAGCACCCCCAUGAAACCUCUGUUCUCAGCCAGCAAACUCUGCACGGAUGUUACCCUGAUGCAGGCCUCUGAGUACGUCCAGAGGAUGAGAGCGAACAUGCGAGGCAUCAACCUACUGGGGGCACUGUCUUGGGUGUACCAGCAACCGAUGCAGCGCACGUACCCUCGCCAGAUCUUCAUCAUCACUGACGGCUCCAAAAAUAAUGCGGCCAAAGUUUUGGAGCUGGUCCGCAGGAACACAUGCGCUGGCAGGUAUUGCUUACGAUCCGUAGUCAGAGAAAAUCUACUAUAACAUGUUGGAAUUGUGUUUUUCUCAAGAGUAUUUCCAU